AUGGACAUCCAGCAGGAGAACACACCCCAACAGCCAGAUAAAUGGUUUGAGUUCUAUAGGUUCCAGCCGGGUAGAGACCUACCAGGCGAUGCACGGAACACUAUGUUGGUGGUAGCCACACUGAUCGCUACGGUGACUUUUCAAGCCGGAAUCAACCCUCCCGGCGGUGUGUGGCAGGACAACAAAGGACAUGAAGCUGGAAAAUCCAUUUUAGGUGACAAGCAUGCUGUAUACAAUAUAUUCAUUCUUGCUAACACGUUGGGGUUUUCAGCUGCUUGUAACAUCAUUGGUUACUUCGUUACGGGCUGCCCCAUGUUUAUGGAGGUGUAUAUUGCCAUCCUAUCCAUGUCCGCCACUUAUGGAGCUGCAGUUGUUGAUAUUACGCCUAAUGGGACGUUAAAUUUCGGCUUAUUCGCGUUUGCCUUGUUUCUGCCUUGUUUACUACGGUGGCUGGUGAAUUGUUCCAAGAAGUAG